UUGGCUUGAAGAAGAGUUAACUGAUGUUGAUAAUUUGAGGAAAUAUUAGGCAAAAAAUUAAAUUAAUUAGUUUGUAGAAAGAAAAGCCAAAUACAUUGAGUAGAUAACUCGAAGAAAAGUAUCUGCCGUCAUGCCAUCGCCUUAGGAAAGAAAAAAAGUCUUAAACUAUUAGUUUUUCGGGGUGGAAACCACAACAAAGCACACCCACCAAAAAAUUCACGAUUACUCAUCGCCGGAAUGUCUGGGAAUCCUUUCGACAGCGAUGAGGACCAAAGCUCGGCCAGCGGGGAGAUCCUGGAGGGUUUCCUUUGUCCCAUCUGCCGGGCUGACCUGAAGUCCAUCGAUGUGCUCACGGAUCACUUUGCCCGUCAGCACGCCGAAGAGGAGGCGGCCCUAAAAUCCUUCAAAGACAUCUUCAGCAAGGCCAAAAAGAAGAUAUUGAACCCCUUUGAGGAUGAAAAGGGAGCCGCUGCAGCCUCGCCAGGAGGCUCAUCCGCUUCGACGGCUGCCAAGAAUCCCAAUGGCAAUGGCGAUCGCAAUGGACCCAGCAAUGCUCGCUCUCGACUCAACGUAUUCAACCACAUGGCCAGGCAGCAGCCGGGUGCCGAGUGCUCCCACUUCGAGUACUUCCAGUCCAUCCGAAAUCCCCGCCUGGAGCGAUAUGCCAGCGAAACGAACAAGUUGAUCAUACGGCUGCACCGACUGCUGAAGGAUUUGCCUGCGGAUUCAGUGCAGCGGCGGCAGCACGAGCAGCAGACUGUGGCCUGGCUGGAUGGCAGUUCCGUGAAGUUGUGCCCCAGCUGCGCCAAGAGUUUCCACAUUGCCCGGAGACAGCACCACUGCCGUUUGUGUGGUGGAAUCAUGUGCAACGACUGCUCCAAGUUCCUGCCCCUGGAGGAUGCCAUGCAACUGGCCAGUCUCUCCACCACAAGAAGUGAGCCGCUCCAGCAGCUGCAUCAACAUGAGAACGCCAUCCGGCUGUGCGAACACUGCCUCUGGCUGCUGGACACGCGAAGGGACAUGCACGAGAGUCGCACCUGUCGCCCGCUCCUCACACAGGUGUACGAACAGAUCCGCCAGCUGCAGAAGGAAGUAACCCCCGAUCUGGACAUGUAUCUGAAGAUCAUCAACAGCCUUAACGAAGGGGACACUAUCUUCACGCUGGCGGAUGCGGGUGCUUUGCGCGGCAAAAUUGGACAAGUGGCCGAGGCAAUGGACAUGCGGAGCAAGCGCAUCCUGGCUAUAUUUUGUGAGCCAGGCAGCCGAGAGGAGGCUUUGAAGAAGGCCAUUCGGUUGGGCUGCAUCCAAGCCAUCAAGGAACGCAUGCUGUCGCUGCCGCCGCUUCCGGAGGAGGCGCACAUCCGUCAGAUGCAGGAGCGUCGGCGAAUGGAGACGCAGCAACGUAUCCUCACCGAGCAGCGCAUGGCCAUGGAAGCCUACGAGCGAAACAAUAUGGCAGCAAAUCAAUCGGGAGUUGCAGUUCCGGGUCCAGAAAGCGGUUCCUUCGCCCAGGGGUCGGAUCUUCAAUCCCUGACCAACUGGUCGGCACCGCAGGCGGCCAGCAAGUCUAACCUAGACGAUCCGCUGAUCGAGCAGAUCAACAUCAUCAAGGGCUAUAUUAAACAGGCGCGCCAGGACAUGAACUUUGAGGUGGUGGAGACACUGGAGCUGAAUCUUCGCGAGCUGCAGCGCGAGGUGUACGAGCGACAGCGCUAUUCCCAGGGCAGCACGCCCGCCUCACCCACGGAAGCCUAAGCAGUAUCCUAUAUAGUAGAAUAUAUAACCAUUCCCGCUAUGACAAAUUAAAUGCUCUAUGUUACGCGUUA